GCGUGUCAGCUGACGGAACCCGGAUGUUAGCCAGUUAGCCCGUUAGCCUGUCAGCCGGCUCUCUGUCUGCGGAUUGAAGCGGUUUGUUCCCAGACUCUGGCUGAAGUUUGAGUUGGAGGCAGAUAAUAAGAUGUCUGAGUGAGUCCAGCUCUGAGCCACAGUUUAGUUUCUGAAGAGGAACCAGAGUCAGAUGAUCUGCUGCUGCUGAGCUCGUCCUCCUCUGUCCACCAGUGAGAUGUCGGUGAUGAAGGCGUAGAUCAGACUCUCUCCUCACACUUCCUCAUGGAUUCCAGCGACGAGGCGCUCGACAUCAUCGUCACCAACGUGGUGGCCACCUUCAGGACCAGGUGUCACCUCAACCUGAGGACCAUCGCCCUGGAGGGAACCAACGUCAUCUACAAGCCGGAAGUAGGGAAAGUCCUGAUGAAGCUCCGGAAACCAAAGAUAACGGCUUCAAUCUGGUCCUCAGGAAAGAUCAUCUGCACCGGAGCCACCAGUGAGGACGAGGCCAAGCUGGGAGCUCGUCGUUUGGCUCGCUGUCUGCAGAAACUGGGCUUCAAGGUGAGGUUCUCGGCCUUCAGGGUGGUGAACGUGUUGGCGGUCUGCUCCAUGCCGUUUGGUGUUCACCUCAUAGACUUCACCAAGAACAACCGACCCAUCGCCAGUUAUGAACCAGAGCUCCAUCCUGCUGCUACCUACAGGAUCAAACACCUGAAAGCCACCAUCCAGGUGUUCUCUACCGGCAGCAUCACUGUUACAGGACCAAACGUGCAGAACGUGGCCACGGCUGUGGAGCAGGUUUAUCCUCUGCUGUUCGAGUGUCAGAAGCCGCUCUGCAAAUGAAGAAGCACCUGAACGUGGUUUCAUCCCUACAGAUAACUCCUCUGACUGAACUCAGCUGAGUCUGUCUCACUUUUAACCCUGCUGUUGGAUCUUUGGGUUUUAACGGAACAGAACCAUCUUGUGGACUCUGAGCAGAAGCUGAAGACGUUAUAACAGUUUAAGCUUCGGUAUCCGUACACUCACCUUUAACGUCCUCUUCUCUGGAAGAACCUCCGUCCAACAAACGCUCUGCAUUAGAAGAGAUGGAUCCGAUAAGAGCUGCAGCCGUUUUUAUUUUUAUUAAAAACUGUCUAAACUAUCUCCCUGGAAAACACUGAUCCAAUUUUUUUGACAUUUUAGAGACCAAACCGCUCGUUAUUCGUCCAGAAAACACUUGUUUUCAGCUUCAUGUUGGACUGUUCCCGUGGACUCAGAUUCACUUUAUGCACCUCUUUCUGUUUCGUUCGGUUUGUUCUCCACAUGUGUGUGAUUUUAUGGGUUUAAAACAGGACAGGAAUCUCCUCGGCUUUCACUGAACACAGCUGCUGCUUUAUUAACAUUCAGAAAAAGAAGCUUUUUAUUGAAUCAGGAGGUUAGAAACUGUCCAGAGCUGCAGCAGAGAAACGGCAGCAGCAGCAACACGUAUGUAAAUAACCCGUGACAGGGAGAACACUUGAAUUUUUUUGUAUUUUGUAUAAAAAUAAAGUUGGAUGAAAAGGC